CUUUUAGUAUAAUCCCGUUAGUUACCUACCUUACAUACCUAGGUAGGUACGUAGUAACUGGUGGGAGUAUCUGGGUUCUGAUUGACGUGCUAUACACUUUUCAUAGUAUAAGACUUGCAUUCAUUCACUCUUUGAACCAGCCUCUUAUUAGUCUCAAACUAGACCAAUUCCACAAAUAAGGAAUAAGGUGUAAGAAGUCCUACCAUGGCGGACCCAUCUACGUCGCCGCCCCUGACGCGGGAAUCCGUAGCAGCGGCGAGGGAGCUCAUCAAGCCGUUCGUGCACCGGACGCCGGUGAUUACGAGCUCGUCGCUGUCGGCGCUAGCUUCCGACGUGGGCGCGGGCGCGGGCCCGGGCCCGGAGUCGGAAGGAGAGGCAGGAGCAGGAGCAGGGGGAGGAAAAGCGAAACCAAAGGCGAAACCAAAGCUGAGGCUCUGGUUCAAGUGCGAGAACUUCCAGAAGGUGGGCGCGUUCAAGGCCCGCGGCGCGUUCCACGCCGUCGAGAGGUUGAAGCGGGAGCCGGGCUGGUUGGAGGGGGGAGGGGCGAAGAAGGGGGUUGUUACGCAUAGCUCUGGAAACCACGCGCAAGCUCUCUCCCUCGCGGCCCGAGCUAACGGCAUCCACGCGUACAUCGUGAUGCCGUCGAUCUCGGCGCCGCCCAAGAUCGCCGCGACGAAGGGGUAUGGUGCGAAGGUGGUGUUCAGCGGCAGCACGAGCGUCGAGCGGGAAGCCGUCACCACGAAGGUCAUCGAGGACACCGGCGCGCGCCUCGUGCCCCCCUACGACCACCCGGACAUCAUAUUGGGCCAGGGAACCCUCGGCCUCGAGUUCCAGGAGCAGGUCGAGGCUAUGAUUGCCGAGGAGCAUGAGAAGGAGAAGACGACUGGGGAGAAGGGGGGGGAGACGACGAGGAAGAAGAGGAAGGGGCUUGAUGCUAUUAUUGCUCCUUGCGGCGGUGGUGGUAUGCUCUCCGGCGUAGCCCUCUCCUGCGAAGGCACGGGGAUCCGAGUCUUCGGAUCGGAGCCGUCGUUCCAGGGCGCCGACGACGCGAAGCGGGGAUACGAGUCGGGCGUGCGCGUGGAGGCCGUGUCCUCGCUGACGGUCGCCGACGGCCUGCGGACGCCGCUCGGCCGCGUGCCUUGGUCGGUCAUCUACGAGCGCCGCCUCGUGGCCGGCUUUUACAGCGUCAGCGAAGCCGAGAUCAUCCGCGCCUUGCGGCUCGCCUACGAGCGCCUCAAGGUCGUCGUCGAGCCCAGCUCCGCCGUCCCGCUCGCCGUCGCCUUGUACAAUGAGGACUUCAGGGCCAUGGUCGAGAGGGAGGCUGGUGAGGACGGCUGGGAUGUGGGCAUCGUGUUUAGCGGAGGGAAUGUUAGUUUGGAGGCUUUGGGCAAGCUAUUUUCUGAGAAUUCUGAAGUCGCUAAGUAGAUAUGAAGACUUUGCUUCUUCGAAUAUUAGCAAAUAAAUGUUUACAUUAAA